GUGAAGUUAAUCGUGGUAAUUUCUCGUCAAAAAUUUUCUGCUCAUAUUUUUUUUGUUUCUAAUCAACAUACACAAAAAAAAAAAUAUAUAAAAAUUUUCUAAUUAAUUUAAUUAAAGUAUUAUAGAUGAAAUUUUAAGUUGUUUAAAUAAAAUAAAUCGGAAAUUCGGACAAAUGUUUUGUAACCGGUGGUAGUUGGUAACAUCUAGAAAAAGAAUAAAAUAUAAAGAGUAAAAAGUAUUUAGCAAAAGUUCCCUGAAAUAUAGCUUAAGCGUUCAGUUAAUAUUAUAUCUUGUUAUAAUUUUAUUUAUGUAAAUAUUGUAAUUUAUUUUGUAAAGAAAUGACAGAAGAAAAUUCCAAAAAUGAAAGUGAAAAAAAUCCAAAUGGAAAAAAAGUACGUCGGGCAUUUUCAAUGCCUAGAAAUCCAUUUCGUUGGUCGCGAAAAUAUAAAACAAAUAAGAAUGAUUCAACUAUAAUAAGUGAAAAUUGUAGCAACACAAAUUAUAAUUCAAUAAACUCAUCAUCAUUGUGUAAUUCAACUGCAGAAAAUAAGGCCAAAACAUUAACAUUAACGUCAAUAAAUAAUGUUGAAAAUAAAUUAAAAAAUUUGUCAACAAAUAACGAAGAAACAACAAAACAUCAAAAUCAAUCCCGCCCAAAGGAUAAUAAUUUUAUCUCUACAGCGAAUCGUGUAUUUAGACGUUCAUCUUUUAGAAAAUUCUUAUCAAGAAUUGCUCAUCAUGUGAAUUCAGUUAGUCUUGGUGCAAAUAAACAAAUGUCAAAUCGAAAUGACGGUCGUAAUACCUUAUCAUCAGUUGAUCGUGUACCACCAAUUGAAGGAUAUCAAUGGGCGCCGGAUCAAACGCCUGGUGUUACUGGCCUUAAAAAUCAUGGCAAUACAUGCUUUAUGAAUGCUGUAUUACAAUGUUUAAGUCAUACUGAUAUUUUGGCUGAAUAUUUUGUUCUAGACCAAUAUAAAGUUGAUUUAAAGAGGCGUAACAAAAUUAACUCUAAAAAAUUCGGUACCAAAGGAGAAUUAACUGAACAAUUGGCAAAUGUGUUAAAAGCUUUAUGGUUAUGUAAAAAUGAUCCCGAUCAUAGUACUGGAUUUAAGGCGGUUGUUGACCGAUACGGUACUCAAUUUCGUAGUUCAACACAGCAUGAUGCUCAAGAAUUUUUAUUUUGGUUAUUAGAUAAAGUACACGAAGAUUUAAAUACAGCCUCGAAAAAACGCUAUAAAUCUAUUAAGAAUAAUUAUGGGCGGCCUGAUGAAGUCAUAGCUGCCGAAACAUUAGCCAAUCAUAUACGAUGUAAUAAUUCUUUUGUACAAGCUGUAUUUCAGGCACAAUUUAGAUCAUCUUUAACAUGUCCACGUUGCAAAAAACAAAGCAAUACAUUUGAUCCAUUUCAUUGUGUUUCAGUUCAGUUACCACAAUUAUCACAGCAAAUUAUUUUUAUAACUGUGUUAUAUGUUAAACAACAUCCAAAGCAAAUAAAAUUGGGCCUAACUGUUCCAUCUGGUUCACCUAUUAUUGCAUUACGUGAACAAUUACAUUCAGAUACUGGUAUUGCUAUAAAUCGUAUUGUUUUAGCCGAUAUUAAUGAAACAGGAUUUUCAAGAGUAUUCUGUGAUUCUCAGCCAGUAUCUACUUUAGAUGGUAUAAAUACGGUAUAUUGCAUUGAGAUACCUGAAAUUAAAGAUGAAAACUCAACGGAUUUGAUGCUUUUAAUUGCAAAUGUUAAAAAAACUGGUGACGGGUCUGUUGAAAAAUUUGGAACUCCAUUUUGCAUACAAGUAAAUCGUGAUUGUUCAUAUGUUGAACUACAAAAAAAGCUGUUAAAAGAAAUGUCGUCAAUUAUUAAACCUGAAACGUUUUGUUACACUACUCCUUUGAGUGAAAUGUUUCAAAUAAGGCUGCAAGAUCCUUCAGCUGAUCCAGAUACUUAUUUAGAACAAGUUGAACAUCCAUUAUUUAUGGAAAUAAUUGAUAUGGCAUUAUCAGUUCUGUCACAUGAUGCGGGCCCUCCUCAUAUUAAACUUUUAUUAGAAUGGGCCGAACCAGAUAAAUUUUUUUCAGAUUUGACUGAUCCAAUUGUUGAACACGAAAGUGUUUCAUCUCUUAAAGAAAAGAAUAUAAAUGAAGGUGCUUUAACAUUAGAACAAUGCCUGGAACAUUAUACAAAAGCUGAAACUUUGAGUGCAGAAGAUGCUUGGCGUUGUCCAAAUUGCCAACAAUAUUUACCGGUAGUAAAAACCUUAGGUCUGUGGUCUUUGCCGGACAUCUUAGUUAUACAUUUCAAACGCUUCCGCCAGCAACAUGAAAAAGGACCAGAUUCUGCUAAACUGACAACUAUGGUUAAAUUUCCACUAACAAAUUUUGAUAUGUCGCCACAUUUGGCACGUGAUUGUUACGGCAAUCCAGUUGGUAAUAGCGGUUCAAAUAAUUCUACGUUAAGUAGUAAUGCAGAAACCAGUCGAAAUCUGGGAACUUUCGGAAGCCCUUGGCGUAGAUCUAGAGAUCAUUUUAAUAAAAUUGGGAAAGAUAAAGAUCCAAAAGAUAAUAGGUACGAUCUGUAUGCAGUAUGUUAUCAUCAGGGUGACACACUCGAAACUGGACACUACACAGCAGCUUGUAAAAAUCCAUAUGAUCAUCAAUGGUAUAAAUUUGAUGAUCAAAGGGUGACGCAUGUGUUAUCAGAUAACAUUCAAGAUGAAAUUGUAAACAAUGAAGCUUACAUGUUAUUCUAUCAAAGAAGAAAAAUUGAUAAUGCCGAAUGUUCUGGUACAAGCUCUACCAAUUCUUCUGACCAUUGGGUAUCAAGAAUUGCAGCGUCUUCUGUGCCAGGCCCCCCAACAGUUCAGCCAACGACGACCUCAAGUAGCACCGUAACACCAAUAGUCGAAGCAUCAAUAAGUAUGCCACCUUCGUUAAUUACCCCCGAAGAUAAACCAGAAAUACGAUCGAAAGAAUCACCAAAAUUAACAAAACCAUUAGAAAGCACGAUAAUUUCGUCAGCCGUAACCGAAGUUAUUCCUGUACCUAUUGUGCAAAAGCCUGUCGAAGUUAUAAAUGAAAACAAAACUCUUGAAGUUAUCGUAGUUGAAAAAACUGAUGAAAUUGCUGAAGUUGACAUUGAAAGCUUGGAAUUUGCAGAUAAUGAUGCUAACGAAGAAGAUGAUUCCAUGGUUAAUGAUACUGAAAGUAAAACAGAUAAAAAAGAAGUUAUAAAUACAACAGAUAUUCUGCAAGGUGAAUCUUUUAAUUCAAAAAUAAAAGUUUUGCAAGAGUUACCAACGACUUCUUACUCAAUGAUCAAAAGUACAAGUAUUACAAGUGAUAAUAGCAAUUGUAAUAGUACAGCAAGCAAUGUCAGUAGCAAUACUUCAAGUAGUGCUAGUUCUAGCAACGAAACUUCAACUGCUAAAAAACUUAUGAAUGGACAUCAUAAGGAUAUAACCGAUGAAAUUAAGUCAAUUUCUGAUGAAAUUAAAAUUCCCAAUAAGUCUGAUUUAUCAUUAACUGAGUCAUUAACAAAUGGUAUUUGUUGGCCAAUACGUAAAACAAAUUCACCUAGCUCUGAAUCGAUAUCAUCACAGCCCAUUCCAAUGCAUAAUAUUGGUUCAGUUCCGAUUCAUGGCACACAACGAUCAGCUAGUGGAGUAUAUAUUAAAGAACAUAUGUUGUCGACUAGUUUAAAAAGUAAUUAUAGUAGUGGUAAUGAUUUGGUUAGCGCCAGUGUCAAUUUACGUCAUUCAUUCUCAACAAGUUCUAAUUAUAAAUUAAGGGAAUGUGACACAGCGUCAACAUCUGCUGCGGCUUUGACAAUGUUAAGAAAUUCAUCAAAUACUUGUAGUAAAGACACCUUAAUAUAUAUUGAUCAACAAAAUGGUCACCAUAGUUUAAUAGAAGAUGAUGAUACAUUUUUGGGCAGCCGAUCGUUAUGGAUAUCCCCUGUCACACCUCAUAAAUUAAUAACAGUUUCACCAAAGAAUUAAAUGAUAAGAAUUUAAAUUAUAUGUAUACUUACAUAUUUUUUUAUUUAUUCAACUUCAUUGAAUUGAAGCGGGAACCUAUAUAUAGUGUAACUUAUAUAUAGUAAUUUCCAGAUAAAAAUAUUGUUUAUGUUGUUUUUUAUUUUUAACAAGUUUUUUAAAAUUUAUACAUAUAUUUAUUAUUUGUAAAAUUUUUAUUCAAAUUAUAUACAAUUUGACCACCUGAAUAUUUAAAAAAGAAAAUUUGAAACUCAACAUUCGCAACAUAUUUUAUAGGUACUAUAGUAAAUAAAAUUUGUUAGUUAAGUAAAAAGAAAAUAUUAAAAGAUAAUUAAGAAAAACUUUAAAAUAAAAUAUUAAACAAACAAAUUAAAAUUUAUAAAUUUGAUUAAAACAAAGAAAAAAAUUUAGUAAAAUGUCAUAAAGUAUGUUGAAAAUUUUUAUUGAAUAUCAAUAUUAAUAUAUAUUAAUAUUAUAACGAUAAUUCGACGAUUAAAGAUAAGAAUAUUAAAAAUUAAAAAAAAAUGAGGAAUGAAAAUAAAUAAAUUAUUAAAAAUGUAAAUUAUUUUAGAAUUUUAUAGACACAUAGUACAAUCAUGAAUAUUAGGAGUAAUUUAUGAAAAAAAAAUAAAACAUUAUUAGAAUACAAUUAUAAAUCGAAACGCAGACAAAACAUUAAAAAAAAAAACGAAUAUUGAAUAGAAACAAAGUUACCAUUCAUCAUAGAUGAUUUUUAUUUCGAACAAUUUAUUUUUGAAAAAAAAAGGAAAAAACAAAAAAAAAAUUUAAAAAGAAUAUUUAUAAAAAAAUUUAAUAAUUAGUUUUAAAAUACGAACUUAAUAUAUUAGUGACUUGAAAUUAACAAUAAAAGAAUCAAAUUACUAUUAUUGGGCUCUAAACUAUUUAAAAAAUCUUGCAAUAUUAUUUGCUAGGAGAAAUUUUUUUAAAAUUAAUUUACAUAUGUAGAAUUCGCUUUUCUAUACAAAUUUUAGUUAUUUCAAAAAGGAGAAUGAAAAUUUUUUUGGCCUCUUUUUAAUUCUAUAAAAAUCUUUUAAGAUUGCUUAAUGAUAGCAAAUGGAAAAAAAUGAAGCAAGUCUUUUAAUUAAAUUGCCACCAGAAAUUUUUUAUGAAUAAAUAAAAAACUUCGAGAAAGUAUAAAAAAGCUUAAAUAAAUUAUAAUUUUUAUUAGUAAUGAGUUGGCUAAUGAUCUGUAAACUUUUUUCUAAAAUAUAAAACCGAUUUGAUUUAAAACUUUAAGAAACGUUUAAGAAAUAUCAAUUCCUAGCUAUGAAUUCUAUGUGUAUGACAAAAAUAAUUUUAUGUAAAACAGAAACUGAAAUAUCUUAUCUUUUAAGUUUUUAAGAAACCAAACCCUGGAAAUUUAAAAAAAUGGAAAAAAUAUUUUUGUACAUUAAUUCGAAAUUAUUUUCAAAACUAAUAGUUUUAAAUUUUUUUAUUUAAUCUUAAUUUAAUAAAAAAUUGUUACUCCCACUGCAUUACAAAAUAUUACGUAAAGAACAGAAUGUUCGGUAAAACAUUUGUGCUUAGUUACAAAAAUUAGUUGGAUUUUUAUUUUAAAAUUAAAUUUUAACAUGUCUGAUAUUAAGGCGAAUAUAAGACUUUUUAUUGUUAUAGAAACAAAUUAUUCGCUCACUAUAUUAUGUGUAUGAUAUAAUUAUUAAAAUUUGAAAACUCGAAUUAAAACUCAAAAAACUGUUACAUUGCUCAUAAAAUUAUAAUUAAUGAAGGUAUGGAAAAUUAUGAUUUAACGAAUGAUGGCAUUAAAUAUGUUUUCAUAUGUAGGUAACGUAAAUUGCUUUAAAAGUUAGUAAAUGAAUCGAAUUUUUAAUAGUGCGUUGGAAUAAAAACUAAAUACAAUUAUUAAUUCUUUCUAUAUAGGUUUAUCAUGUAAUGAACUAAAAUAAUUGUAAAUAUAAAAUUAAAAUUAAAUAGUCAAAAAAUUAAUAAAUGUUUACCCAAACUAAUUUCUUCAAAAAAAAACCAAAUUCAUCUAUAAAACACAAUUAUUUUAUUAUAAAUAAUAGGCAUAUUUUCAUUUCAAGUCACUGAUAUAUUAUUAAUAAUGUGAAUUAAUCGAAGUAACGAAAAUUUUUUUAUUUGCAAAAAGUUAAAAUUACGAUGAAAAAA